CCUUAAGGGGAGAUUCCUAUCAAAAAAUCCAAAAAAAUAAAAAAAGUGAUGAUUUUCUAAUAAGUGCUUCUAAAUACUGUUCAAGCAUUAUACUUUUCUGUUCUAUACCUUUUUAUGCUAAAUUCUAAAAGAAAUACCCAUAAAAAAGACAAAUACUGAGGCAUACGAUGUUGUGAGUUAUCCGUUACCAUGGUAACGAGAUAGCUUUCUUUUGUUUUGCGCCCUUUUUUCAGCACAAAGCGACCCCCAGCAUAAAAUUAAAUGGUUGGUUUCGGUUCCAGACUCCUUUGAUGUCCAUUCCGGCUAUUCCAAAGCUAGUUUUAGAGGCCUGGUUGCUGUUUCAGCGCGUCCAAGUCUCAAAUCUAAAAUUCGCGUUAUUUACACUCGACACACGAAAAUUAUACGCUUCUUAAUCAUGCCAAAGGGCUCAAAACACGGCUACAAACAAUCUGUAGUCCAGACUAACACAAGAAAGAGGAAAUCUACGUUCAAAGGAACUAAGAAACAAGACAAGAAAGCUCAGGAUCAACCAGAAAUACGGCAGGUUACUGAGAUCGCGUUCGUCGGUGACGACGAUGUUGUGAGCGAGCAAGUUCCUCCUCCUCAGCCAAGUGCUUCGGCUCAGAAGCUUCAUGAUGUUCUUGAAGAUUUAUCUUCUGAUGAUAGCUUAAAUGCUUUUGAAGCUGAGGGUGAAUCAGCCACUGGAUAUCGCUUUGUUUCGAUGCAGAGUCUUCUCAACUUUGCCAAGCGAUUACAUGCUAACACCACGUGCGAUGCUGGUAAAUUUGAACUAAAAGAGAUGACCACUAGUAGGCAUGGAAUGUGCAGCAGUUUGUUUGUUCAUUGCCAUGAUUGUGACAUGAAGGAGUUCUUGGCUACCGGAGAGCACAUUGGUGACGCGACUGCUCCGAGGACAAACAACGCCAAAGACAUCAACAGGCGGAUUGUGUACGCUUCCUCCGAAAUGGGCAUUGGUAUGGAAGGGGUAGCAAAAUUAUGUGAGCUUUUAAACAUGCCCUUCACAAUGGCCAUAAACACAUGGUAUAAACACCAAAAACUUUUACACAAUGUGACAAGGGAAGUUGCAGCUGAGGUGCUUGAAGCCAACUGUAAAGAGGCUAGAGAAGCAGCCAUGCAAGAACUAGGCUCACUUGAAAGUGAAUCAAUGAAUGUGGGCAUUCCUGUAAGCUUUGAUGGCACAUGGUCAAAGCGGGGAUUCACAGCAAACCAUGCAGUCGGGUUUGUGAUCUCCUCUACAACAGGCAAAGUCCUGGACUUUGAAGUAUUAUCCAAGACUUGCCAUGCUUGUGACAUAAAAAAGAACACACUUCCAAGUGAUGAGUUUGAGGUCUGGGUAGAGGCACAUGAGUGUCUUGGAAGCUUUGAUGGGUCUAGCCCUAGUAUGGAAAAGGAAUGUGCAAAGAGGUUGUGGGGGAGGAGUCUUUCCUUCGAUCUCAUGUACAAGUACAUGAUUUGCGACGGGGACUCUAAGUCCUACGACUCUAUUUGGGACCAGUACGGUGUGUGUGACACAUGCAACAAGUUUGAGUCAAUGUCCAGAGCAAGCACAGAGUACAAGGAGUGGCUCAAGUCUGAGGACUAUGUGGAAUGGGAGUCAAGUCACCUUGAUGGAAGUGCUGACUGCAACAGAGUGGUCAAGCUGGACUGCAUAGGCCAUGUCCAGAAACGGAUGGGCAAGGCCUUGUAUCACUUCCAGACUUCUUCAAACAAAUUAGAAGAUGGCAAACCUGUGAAAGGGAGAUCUGGCAGACUGACCAAGAAUGCUAUUGAAAAAUUAAAAAAAUACUAUGGAAAAGCUAUCAGGGACAAUGUAAAUAAGAAUGCAAAUACGCCGAUAGAGAGAGACGCAGCCAUUGCUCAGAUGCAAAAUGCAAUCAAAGCAUCCUGGUAUCACUGCAGCAAAAUCCCUGACAAGGAGAGACACCAGUUCUGCCCAGCCAACUCUUGGUGCAAAUAUAAGAAAGGUCUUCCUUGUGAAGACAAGGACUACCACCUGGACCCGGUGUUCAUCAAGUGCCUGGAGCCCAUCUAUACUCGGCUAACAGAUCCUGCUCUGUUGGCGAGGUGUCUCCCUGGCUACACCCAGAAUGCCAAUGAAUCUUUAAAUGCUUUGGUGUGGGCCAGGUGCCCAAAGCAUAAAUGGCAUGGUAGGGAGAGAGUGGAGAUGGCUGUUGGGUCUGCGGCUAUCCACUUCAGUCUGGGUGCUACCGGGAAGCAUGAAAUCAUGAGAAGGGCGGGGAUUGAAGUGGGUAGUGAUACAGAGAAAGAGAGUAAGAGAAGAGAUAGGGAGAGAGUAGAAAAGGCAGAGAAGAGGGCUAGUGACCAGCAUAGGAAGUACAGACAGGCAAGGAGUUUGGCAAGGAAGAGGGACGAAGAGCUUAGGUUAGAACGGGAAGGCACAACAUAUGAGGCAGGAGGCUUUAAUGAGCUAGGACAUAACUUAGGACCCUCAACUAGCCAUAGGAGGAAGAAAAGGGCAAAGAAACAUUAAGUAGAUGAUAAAUUGUGAUUCUAUGGCAGUCUAAUUUAUUCUAUACCAAGCAUAAAGCCUAACUGGAGUGGUUUUGCUUUCAAAACUCAUUUGUCAAACUUUAAGAGCUGAUUUCUCAAAUACACUAAUUUCCGUAUUAAUUUAUUGCCCCCCUUAAGUAUCUUGACAGGUAUUUAACGGUUUUAGCUCAAAUUUGGAAGACUUGUAGUGUAUAGUCCAUAUUACAAACCUAUGGGAGCAUUUUCAAAAAACUUAAACCUAGCCUGUGAUAUACCAGUAUAAGUCUUCAUGAAGAGGUUUUGGUUGCUAUGGUAACCAGAAUUGGCUUAUCAACAAACUGUCCCAUAGGUUUGUUUUUCCUUAUGUCCAUGAUGUGUGUAUGCAAUAUAAAGCCUUCAAUGUAAAUAGGAAGUGUAAAAAAUGGUGGGGGCAGUUUUAAUAAAGCGUUUUGAAAUA